UUCUGCUUUUCCGGUUUAAAUUCAGUAAAGUGACAUGAAGAGACAGCAGUAGUGUGAGUUUCGUGUUUUGUUGAUCUCUACGCUGCGUUAAUCAUCCAUGGAGUAAACGGAGACUUGAGUUUUGCACUAAUUAACUCGCUAGUUCUGCAUUAAUAAACUUUGUUUAAGCAUUGGAAUCACUUUUACUCGUAAUUGAUUGUUUUUAAUUACGUUUUAGCAGUUAAUAGAAAGAACCGUCAAUCUGGGUUGUGUUCAAAGCAUUGUUAAUUCGCGCUCCUUUCAAGUUGAAAAAGGUUCUGUUAAUGUUGAAACUUCCCGUGACCAAAAGAAAGUUUGUGCCUUCCGAUUAAAUAUGAAUGAAAAUAACGAAACUAUUGCUUCUCCACGAUGUCUUGAAUUACUGAAGGAAUCACUUCAACAUUUGGAAAAGCAGCCUAAGGAAGAAUCCUGUUAUGUUUUCAUCAUUCUUGGUGCUUCGGGUGAUUUGGCAAAGAAGAAAAUUUAUCCAACCCUUUGGGCUCUUUUUCGUGAUGGAUUAUUGCCAGGAAAAACAAGAUUUGUUGGUUAUGCUAGAAGUAAUAUAACAGUUGAAGAAAUCAGAAAAAAGUGUGAACCAUACUUAACAAUUAAAUCCGACCAAGAAGGAAAGCUUGACGCCUUUUUCAAACUGAAUGCAUAUGUUCAAGGCUCAUAUGAUAAAGCUGAAGAUUACGUAAAGCUGAAUAAGGAACUAGACAAACAUUCACCUGCCAACAGACUAUUUUAUUUGGCAUUACCUCCCACCGUGUUUGCUACUGUAACAGAAAAUGUCAAGCUGAAUUGCAUGGCCCCAAAAGGGUGGACUAGAAUUAUUAUAGAAAAACCAUUUGGAAGAGAUAGUGAUAGUUCAGCAGAAUUAUCUACACAUCUUGCAUCAUUGUUCAAAGAAGAAGAAAUUUAUCGUAUUGAUCACUACCUUGGAAAAGAAAUGGUGCAGAACUUAAUGGCUCUUAGAUUUGGAAACCGAAUUUUUGGUCCUAUUUGGAACAGAGAAAAUAUUACUAGCAUAAUGAUUUCUUUUAAAGAACCCUUUGGUACCCAGGGCAGAGGAGGCUACUUUGAUGAGUUUGGAAUUAUCAGGGAUGUGAUGCAAAAUCAUUUGCUGCAAAUUUUGUGUUUAGUUGCUAUGGAAAAACCUGUAACAACAUCUGCUGAAGACAUUAGAGAUGAAAAAGUGAAAGUUUUGAGAUUUGUACCAGAAAUCAAAUAUGAAAAUGUAAUUUUGGGACAGUAUGUUGGUGAUCCUAAUGCAGAGGGUGAUGCAAAAUUGGGUUAUUUGGAUGAUGAUACUGUACCUAAAGAUUCAGUUACUCCAACUUAUGCUAUGGCUACUUGUUUUAUUAAUAAUGAAAGAUGGGAAGGUGUUCCUUUCUUUUUGCGUUGUGGCAAAGCAUUGAAUGAAAGAAAGGCAGACAUACGAAUUCAGUUCAGAGACGUACCCGGCGACAUUUUUCACGGACAAUGUAAAAGAAAUGAAUUGGUUAUUCGAGUACAACCUGGUGAAGCUGUUUAUGUUAAAAUGAUGACUAAAACACCUGGAAUGUCAUUUGAAUUGGAAGAAACAGAGCUAGAUCUAUCUUACAAUAGUCGAUAUAAAGAUUUAAUUAUGCCAGAUGCAUACGAACGUUUGCUUCUAGAUGUAUUCUGUGGAAGCCAAAUGCAUUUUGUUAGAAGUGAUGAGUUAGCAGAAGCAUGGCGUGUAUUUACACCAUUAUUGCAUAAGAUUGAAAACGAUAAGCCUAAGCCAGUAAAAUAUAUAUAUGGAAGUCGAGGUCCAAGUGAAGCUGAUGAAUUGGUUGAUCGUUUUGGAUUCAAAUUCUAUGGUACUUACAAAUGGCUUAAAAAUGACCCAUAGGAAAUGCUGACAAGUUAUUACAGUUGUAUUUGCAUGUGUGAUUUUAUACUGCAGGAUUUUUUUUUAAUGAAAUUAAUAAUAUUGUGAUAUAUAAUAAUGCACUAAUGAAUGAUUUGUGCAAUUUACAAUUUCUUAAGAUCUAAGAUGAUUUCAUACUUCAAAUCAUGCUAUAUAUAUUAUUUAUUAUACAUCAUUUCUUGAAUCUGCUUUUUCAUUUCGCAAAAUAUAGCUUUGCAUUGAUAAUUACAUAUAUUUUAUACUGUGAAUCAUAUAAGAAUUUGAUUUUAAUUAUUAAUAUUUUAAUUGUUUAUUUGAUCUUUGAAAAUUACUUUUUUUGGUUUAAUUUAUACAAUUGUUAAUUUUUAUGAUUUUUUAAUUUUUAUUUAGAAAUUUUAAUAUAAAUUUCAGUUUUAGGAACAUUGUGAAAGAAAAAGUUUUUGAAAAAUUUUUUUUUUUGCUAAUUUAAUUUAUACUUUUAAUAUGCAGAUACCAGCACUCAAUAUUUAUACUACAAAGGAUAUAAGCGUGUACUUUGCAAAUAACAUGCCCAAAACUCAGAUAUUAAUUAUUGAAUCGGAGUUAUAUAAUUUUUUUGUAAAAUGACAGAAAUAUUUUAAUUAAAAGGUUGGUAGAAGGGCAAACAAUUUUGGCAGUUAGAAAAUAUAAACUUUUAUUGAAUAUAUUCUGUAUGGAAAAAAAAUUUUUUUUUUUGAAUUCUAAGCUUGAAUAAUUUUUAUUGUUUCUUUUUUGUUACAUUUUAUUUUUUACAUUUAUUUUCAUAAAAAGCAAUAACUUUUAUUAAAAUGUACCAAAAUUACCUAUUUUCAGUUGAGUUGAUUUAGUAAAUGUAUUUUGAAAAUGUGGAUAAUGCGUAUUGAAAAUUUAAUGAUGCACAAGUUAAUAAACGGUUACAAUUUUGAUUGUUCUAAACAAUCUAGCCCUUUCCUACCUCUAUGCAUUCACCACUCUAUGAAUGUACAAAUUUUCUGCUUAUAGAUCUGCUUUUUAGUUGGUUCUUCAUUUUUUACUUUAUUUUCAUUAAUUAGUGAACAAAAAAUCAUAUUAAACUAUAUUGGUUUUAAAAACAUAAUUUUGUACUUAGAUGAAUGUUCUGCUUAAUUUUUUUUAUUUGAGAACAAAAUACCGGUAAGAAUAUUUUUACUUUGCACUUAUUAAAUCGCUUUUUAAUAUUUACACAGCGUUGUUGUGCCUCUAAUUAUACAAGUUAUACCCAAUUAUAUAUUUAUACAAGUGUAAUGAUUUGCUGUUGUGUAAAAAAUAAAGAUUAUUGAUUGUUA